GAGGCCACUCUACUGAUACGAGCGGCCGAUUUGGGCGACCGACUGAUCCACUGCUUCGAUACACCGCAACAUUUGGUGCCUUUCAGUGACGUGAAUCUGCAGACCAGAAGCGCGAAGACCCCCAACUGGUCGCCCGACUCGUCCCUCUCGGAGGCGACGACCUUCAGUAAAGGGACCAUAACUUUGGGCGCUCGCGGGGACUCGUAUUACGAAUAUCUACUCAAACAAUACCUCCAAACG